AUCAAUCCAUCGUCCUCCCCAUUGCUUGCCAUCUAUUUUCUCCUCUCUCAGCGGCUGGCGGGCUUAAAAGCCCGUCGGAAGCUCCGCGAGUGAGCCUAAAAGAAAACAAAUGGAUGUCCCCUUAGUUAUCGGCGUCGCCUCGUUGGCGCUCGUUUUGUCCCUGGCCCUCCUCACCCUCGCCUGCGUUAUCGUCUUCCGCCGUUACAGGAUGCCGUGCUGCGGAGGCUGCCGCGACCUCGUCGACCUCGAGCUGGGCCCCGCCUGCGCCCGCGUCGCCAACGGCCCCGACCCCAAACCGGAGCCCGAGCUGGUCAAGGGCGAUGCCGCCCCCCGUCGGUUCGGCUGGACCGAGAUCGAGUCCCUCACCGGCAACUUCACCUCGUCCGCCAUCAUCGGCGAGGGUGGCUCCAGCACCGUCUACCUCGCCACCCUCCCCUCUUCCCUUGCCGCCCUCAAAGUCCUCCGCUCCAGCGAGCGCCUUCACCGCGCCUUCCGCCUGGAACUCGACGUCCUCCUCCGCCUCCGCCACCCCAACAUCGUCCGCCUCCUCGGCUUCUGCGACGACCGCGAGGAAGGGGUUCUCGUGUUCGAGUACGUCCCCAACGGAACCCUCCACGAGAAGCUCCACGGUGGCGGCGCGCUGCCGUGGGCCCGGCGGGUGGUGAUCGCGUACCAACUCGCGCAGGCGCUGGAUUAUCUCCACGAGCGGUGCGAUCUCCAGAUCGUCCACGGUGACGUCAAGGCCUCCAACGUUCUCCUUGACGAUAGACUGGACGCGAAGCUUUGCGACUUUGGGUUCGCCCGGAUGGGGUUCUCGGCGACGGUCCAGCCGCCCUCGACCCGCUCGGCCCACCCCAUGAUGGGCUCCCUGGGCUACGUCGAUCCUCACUACCUCCGGUCAGGAACCAUCUCGAAGAAGAACGAUGUGUAUAGCUUCGGUGUGCUGCUUUUGGAAUCGAUCAGCGGAAUCGAGGCCUUCUGUUCGGAAAAGGAGCAGCUGUUGACGGCUGUGAUGGGCCCGGCGCUUCGGGACGCAGGAAGGGGGGUGGGAGAGAUAGUGGACCCAAGAUUAAACGGGGAGUACGAUUUUGACGAGGCUGCGACGAUGGCCGCACUCGCCGUGCUCUGCGUCGGGGAGAACCCGAGCCUGCGGCCGUCCAUGGCGGAGGUAUUGCGGAUCAUGGGCGGGAAGGUGUCCUCGUCGAUCUCGGCCGUUGUUCCCAAAUCAAACGGCGUUCUGGAUAUGUAAAUUUCUUGACAAUGUCAGGUGAAUAGAGGCAGGAAAAGGACGUUGUGCGUAUGUAUAUAUGUACAUACAAGGAGAUAAAUAAUAGGGGAACACCUGAUUUAGACCAAAGGUAGUGGUUCGUUAUAAAAAGAGUUGUGCAAAGGGCCUGCCUAAUUCGUAUGGGCAUUUUGGAAAUUGAAGAAAAAGGAGAACUUUGAUACUUGAAUUCUUGGAGAUUUGCCAACCUAAUUCGUAUGUUUUUGGACGGAGAUGAUGCAGCCUCAGAAUGAUUUGUUGCAGAUCCAUAGAUAGGCUGCUUGAGGAUGGGUGCGGACGUUGAGGAGUCAUGGUCUUGGUUUUCUAUGUAACCUCAUGAGCCAUCUAUCUCUUUCCUCGAUCUGUUUUUAAAAUUUAUUAGAGUAAAUUUGGAUUGUAUCUUUCACAUCAAUGAUUUAUCUUCUUUCAUGAUAUCA